AUGGCUCCCGACUCGGGCCUCUCCGCCUCUCCGGCUAAGUGCAGACGGAGAGCCUGGGAUGCGAGCGAGCGCGGGGUCCGGGGCUGCGCGGGGCGGGUGCCGAGCACAUUGCUCCUGCUGCUCACCUACCUGACUUACCUGGUCCUGGGCAGCUGCGUAUUCUGGGUGCUGGAGAGCCCCGCGGCGCACGAUUCCAGCAAGAAAUUCCAGCACGAGAAGUGGGCGCUGCUGCGGAACUUCACGUGUCUGGAUGGCCCGGCGCUGGACUCGCUGAUCCGGGGCAUCAUCGAGGCAUACAGAAAUGGGGACAUCGUCCUCGGCAACACGACCAGCAUGGGACGCUGGCAGUUCGUGGGUUCCUUCUUCUUCUCCGUGUCCACCAUCACCACCAUCGGCUACGGCAACCUGAGCCCCCGCACGAUGGCCGCGCGGCUCUUCUGCAUCUUCUUUGCCCUCGUGGGGAUCCCGCUCAACCUCGUGGUGCUCAACCGCCUGGGGCACUGCAUGCUGCAGGGCGUGCACCGCUGCGCCCGCAGGCUGGGGGGCGCCUGGAAGGACCCGGCCAAGGCCCGGUGGCUGGCGGGCUCCAGCGCCCUCCUGUCGGGCCUCCUGCUUUUCCUGCUGUUGCCCCCGCUGCUCUUCAACCGCAUGGAAGGCUGGACCUACGUGGAGGGCUUCUACUUCUCCUUCGUCACCCUCAGCACCGUGGGCUUCGGCGACUACGUGAUUGGAAUGAACCCCUCCCGGAAUUACCCGCUGUGGUACCAGAACACCGUGUCACUGUGGAUCCUCUUUGGGAUGGCGUGGCUGGCCUUGAUCAUCAAACUGAUCCUCUCCUUACUGGAGGCUCCACAAGAAUUGUACUCCUGCUACCCACAGAGUUUCAAGGGGAACUUCAAGCCCCAAAGCUGGAGGCAGAGCCUGGAUGAGCAGGCAGGACCCCACUCCCCACAGCCAAACUGCUCUCCAGAGGGGCAGCACCCAGAACCUUCUACUCAAGUCUCAUGCUGCGAAAAGGACAGCUAG